AUGUCGAAAUCAGUACACUCAACUGCGAAGAAAGAAGGCCUGAGCACUGGUGUUGAGGUUCUACUGGAGGGCAGCAAAGUUCUGUCUGCGCACAGCUAUGGCUCCUCCGCAUGGACUGUCACAGCCCGUCUGAACGUUAUACUUCCUAGCGGAAUUGAGAAGAAGUUCUUCCUCAAGGUUGCAACCGAAGAGCCUGGUCGCGUGAUGAUGGAGGGAGAGUUCAAUUCCAUGAGCUCUCUUUACCAGAAUUCGCCGGGGUUUAUUCCCGAGCCUCUGACUUGGGGUAAGUUCAAAAUGAAGACGCCAGAGACGUAUUUCUUCCUAUGCGACUUUAUCAACAUGACCAAUGAAAUGCCGGACCCCGUCCAGUUCUGCGCCAAGCUUGCAGAACUCAACAGGACAAGUGAAUCUCCGACUGGGAUAUUUGGUUUCCAUGUCUCUACUUAUCAUGGUAGGUUCGCCCAGAAAAUGGCUUGGGACCCGAGUUGGACGAACUUCUUCACGAAGCUGCUUCGAGCUGCUCUCGUCAUCGAAAAGCAAGAAUGUAGCCCAUGGCCAGAAUUUGAGGCAGUUUCAGAGCGUACACUUAGCCAUGUGAUCCCAAGGAUUUUGGGCGCGCUCGAAGAAGAUAGCCGUCAGAUCAAACCAUCGCUCAUCCACGGAGACCUUUGGGAAGGUAACGGCGGGACAGAUAUUUCGAAUGGGGACGUCUAUAUCUUCGAUGCUGGCGCAUAUUACGCUCACCAUGGAAUGGAGAUCGGUAUGUGGCGAUGCGAAAGACAUAAGAUCAAAUCGCGAAAAUACAAGCGACAGUACCCCCGAAACAUGACUGUGAGUGAGUCGGCAGAGGAAUUCGAAGACCGCAAUCGUUUGUAA